AUGGGACGGAACAGACCGACAGAUAGAGCAUGGGACGGGAGCAGACCGACAGAGGGAGCAUGGGACGGAACAGACCGACAGAUAGAGCAUGGGACGGGAACAGACCGACAGAUAGAGCAUGGGACGGGAACAGACCGACAGAGGGAGCAUGGGACGGGAACAGACCGACAGAGGGAGCAUGGGACGGGAACAGACCGACAGAGGGAGCAUGGGACGGGAACAGACCGACAGAGGGAGCAUGGGACGGGAACAGACCGACAGAGGGAGCAUGGGACGGGAGCAGACCGACAGAGGGAGCAUGGGACGGGAGCAGACCGACAGAGGGAGCAUGGGACGGGAACAGACCGACAGAGGGAGCAUGGGACGGGAACAGACCGACAGAGGGAGCCAGAAAGAAAAACAGGCCGAUAG